AAAGCCACAACAACACAAACAAAAAUUCCUCUCUCUGAUCUCUGAAAAGUAAGAAUAAACAAAAGAUUUGGUGAAGAUGUUGCUGGGAAAGCUGGUGGAGGCGCUGUCGCCGACGAAGAAGAUAAAGGGGAGUGUGGUGCUGAUGAGGAAGAACGUUCUGGACUUCAAUGACUUCAAUGCCUCUAUCGUUGAUAACCUCACCGAUUUCCUUGGCCAGAAGGUGUCCUUAGAGCUCGUCAGCUCCGCUCAGGCUGAUCUAGGAAAUGGAUUGAAAGGAAAACGCAGCAAGGCAGCAUACUUGGACAACUGGGUGCUGAACAACACGCUUUUAGCCUCCGGCGAGUCGGCGUUCCAAAUUGAGUUCGAAUGGAGUGAAGAUUUUGGGGUUCCGGAAGCAUUCAUCAUCAAGAACAAUCAUCCCAAUGAGUUCUACCUCAAAACCCUAACCCUUGAAGAUGUUCCCAAUCAUGGCCAAGUCCAUUUCGCUUGCUUCUCCUGGGUUUAUCCCGCCAGUAAGUACAACUACGAGCGCAUCUUCUUUUCAAACCAGGCAUAUCUUCCAAGCCAAACACCUGCCCCGUUGAAGAAAUAUCGUGAGGAAGAAUUAGUGAACUUGAGAGGAACAGGAACUGGCGAGCUUAAGGAAUGGGACAGGGUGUACGACUAUGCCUACUACAAUGACUUGGGUGAUCCAGACAAAGGUGCAGAAUAUGCCCGGCAAAUCUUGGGUGGAAACUCAGAGUAUCCUUAUCCUCGACGAGGAAGGACAGGCAGAGCACCAACAAAAACUGAUCCUAAUUCUGAGAGCAGAAUUCCACUGAUUACAAGCUUGGACAUUUAUGUUCCGAGGGAUGAGAAAUUUGGACACCUGAAAUUGGCAGACUUUCUUACUUAUGCAUUGAAAUCUGUUGCUCAGUUCCUUCUCCCUGAAUUUGAGUCUCUGUUUGAUUCCACCCCGACUGAGUUUGACAGCUUUCAAGAUAUACUUAAUCUCUAUGAAGGAGGGAUCAAGCUGCCGCAAGGGCCUUUGCUUACGGCCAUCGCAGAUAACAUUCCCAUUGAGAUGCUUAAAGAACUUAUCCGAAGUGAUGGGGAGGGACUCUUUAAAUUCCCUACCCCACAGGUUAUCCAACAGGAUAAAACUGCAUGGAGAACGGAUGAAGAAUUUGGAAGAGAAAUGUUGGCUGGAGUGAACCCUGUCAUCAUCAGUCGCCUCCAAGAGUUCCCACCAAAAAGCAAACUGGACCCUACGGUUUAUGGCAACCAAACCAGUACAAUUACCAAAGAGCACAUCCAGCAAAACUUAGAUGGCCUUACAGUUGAGGAGGCGAUCGCGAAUAACCGGCUAUUCAUAUUGAACCACCAUGACACCCUUAUGCCAUAUUUGAGGCGCAUAAAUACAACAAAUAACAAGAUAUAUGCCUCAAGAACCCUGCUUUUGUUGAACACAGAUGGCACUUUGAAGCCUGUUGCAAUUGAGCUCAGCUUGCCUAAUCCACUUGGAGAUAAAUUUGGUGCUGAUAGCAAAGUGUACACACCAGCUGAACAAGGGGUUGAAAAAGGGUUGUGGGAAUUGGCUAAAGCUUAUGUUGCAGUGAAUGAUUCUGGUGUUCAUCAGCUGAUCAGCCACUGGUUGAACACACAUGCAGUAAUUGAGCCAUUUGUGAUAGCAACAAAUAGGCAACUGAGCGCGCUUCACCCAAUAUAUAAGCUUCUGCAUCCCCAUUUCCGUGACACAAUGACUAUCAAUGCCUUGGCUAGACAGAUCUUGAUUAAUGCUGGUGGAGUUCUUGAGAAAACAGUGUUUCCUGACAGAUAUGCAAUGGAAAUGUCUGCUGUAGUCUACAAGGACUGGGUUUUCCCUGAUCAAGCACUCCCAACUGAUCUUGUUAAGAGAGGUGUGGCUGUUGAGGACUCAAGUUCCCCAAACGGUGUUCGCUUACUAAUUCAAGACUAUCCAUAUGCUGUUGAUGGGCUAGAAAUAUGGUCGUCCAUCAAAACAUGGGUACAAGACUACUGCAAGAUCUAUUACAAAUCUGAUGACGUGGUUCAGAAAGAUACUGAACUGCAGGCCUGGUGGAAGGAGCUCAGAGAGCAAGGACAUGGCGAUUUGAAAGACAAGCCGUGGUGGCCAAAAAUGCAGACAGUCCAGGAGCUGAUCGACUCAUGUACCAUUAUUAUCUGGAUAGCCUCUGCUCUUCAUGCAGCAGUCAACUUUGGUCAAUACCCUUAUGCUGGUUACCUCCCUAACCGCCCUACAUUGAGCCGCAGAUUCAUGCCUGUGCCUGGAACAGAUGACUAUAAGGAGCUUGAGGCUGAUCCAGAUAAGGUUUUCCUCAAAACAAUCACUGCUCAGUUGCAGACUCUCCUUGGUGUUUCCCUUAUUGAAAUUCUGUCAAGGCAUGCUUCGGAUGAGGUGUACCUAGGGAAAAGAGAGUGCCCCGAGUGGACAAAGGACCAGGAAGCACUAGAUGCAUUUGCACGAUUUGGAACAAAGCUCGGUGAAAUCGAGGACAGCAUAAUGAAAAUGAACACUGAGGGAAAACUGAAAAACAGGACAGGGCCUGUGAAAGUGCCAUACACCCUACUCUUCCCUACAAGUGAAGCUGGUCUCACUGGCAAAGGCAUUCCCAACAGUGUUUCCAUCUAAAGCUUCUCAAUUGAGUGUGAUUUCAUUUGGAUGGUUGAUAUGUGUAGUGGUUUCGUAUGAAUAAAUCUCCCUCCCGAAACCGUGUAUGUUGGUGUGUGAUUCAUGUUAAUAAAUACCAUCCUCUGCAUUGUAAUUUGUAAUGUUGCAUGAGUGAAUAUAAAAAAUUCUCUUUCGUAAGGAAUAUCA